AUGGGAUUGAAAUAAAUUAUUUGAUAUGGCAGAGACAAUUAGCCCUGUGAAGUUGUGGACCUUGAUUGUCUUACUCUUGCUUUCCUCAUCUACGCUAGGAAUCAUACUUAAGCUUAUGGAUAUGGUCGAAGUGGACGGCCAGGAAUUUGAACAUCCAUUCUUUCAAUCCCUACUCAUGUUUGUAGGAGAAAGUUUAUGAAUCUUUGUCUAUCUUUUCCAAAAGUACAGGACUGUGAAGGAGUAUGGAUCAGUACAAGCAAGCCCAGGAAUGGUGAAAGCUGUAGAAGAAGGUAUGAAAACUGACAUUAACCCGCUGAUGUUCGCUAUCCCGAUGCUUUGUGAUGCAACUGCCUCCACAUUACUGUUAAUCGGAUACAUUAAUAUUCCUGCAAGUAUAGUGCAAAUGAUGGGUGGGUUCGUUGUCCUCGUUGUUGCUAUAAUGUCCAUCAUCUUUCUCAAGAAGAAGCAAUACAGACAUCAUUGGCUUGGAAUCCUGCUGAUCUUUAUCGGAAUUGGUAUGGUCGCAGCAACCGCUUUGCUGAAUAAAGGAGAUAGCGACACAAGUAAGAAUCCUGUGUUAGGAAUUGCCAUGUUGAUAGGAUCGGUUAUUAUACAGGGAUGUCAAUAUAUCGUUGAAGAGAAGCUUCUUGGAUCAUACUACCUAAACCCAAUGAAAGUUGUUGGUUGGGAAGGAAUCACCGGCACAAUCCUGUUCGCAAUUUUGCUUCCUAUCCUUCAAUUUGUCCCAUGUAAUGCUUCGAUGUGCAGCAAUGGAGUUGUUGAAGACACCAGGCUUGCAUUCAGCCAAAUAGGUAAAUCCCCAGUUCUCAUCAUCUUCAUUUGCUUUCAUGUUGUUGGAAUUGCUGGGAUGAACGGUUUGGGUAUGGCAGUCACGAAAUACGCUUCAUCAGCAAGUAGGGUAACAUUAUCACAAGGAAAGACUGUUCUAGUCUGGUUGUUCUUCCUUAUUGUGCCAACCUUCUCUAAUAUCAAAGGGGAAAAGUUUAGCUUCCUCCAACUGGGAGGGUUUGUUGUCAUGGUAUUCGGAAUCAUUGUAUAUAACGAAAUCCUUAUCCUUCCAUUCUGAGGGUUUGCAGAUUCUACGAAGGCGAAUCUUCAAAAAAGAGAGUUCCGAGCUAAAUCACUCAAUUAUGAUGAGGGUACUAUGGAGGAAACAGAAGGCGAUCUUGCUACAAAUGAUGCUUCAGAUUAUGCUGCUACAUCUCCAAAAGCAUAUGACUACCAAAGAAACUAUAAGAGACUGAAAAAUCAAUUGGGUGAAAAAGCCGGUGAAGGCGAAGGAGAGACUUAUUUCAAAAUUGAAAAUGAAGAAGAUUAA